AUCAGUUACCACGGCUGCCGACACAAAAUAAAACUAACCAUUCUCAAUUUACAUAUUUCAUAAAUCACACAUGUCCUCCCAAAAGCUGCCACAACAUCUUCUCCAACUAGUCCAACUAGCCAAACACAAUCACUCUCUAAAACUAACCAAACAAGCCCAUGCACAAAUUCACUCUAUGGGUUUUCACCAAAACCCCAUUAUCUUAACAAAUCUCAUCAAUGCAUAUUCUCAUUCUCAAAACCCACUUCAAUCUUUAAAGCUUUUCAACACCAUCAGACUCAAAGAUGUCUAUUUAUACAACACAUUGAUGAGUGCAUUCACAAAACACAAUCUUUUUCACCAAAGUUUUGAUCUUUUUAACGAAAUGAGCCGGUCCGUUGAUUGCUUACCUGAUGGGUUCACAUUUUCGGUUUUAGCUAAAGUUUCGGGUUUGAUUGGAGACUUUUUGGUUGGUAAAUGGGUUCAUGGGAAGUCUGUGAAAUGUGGGUUUGAAAAGGAUAUUGUGUUGAUGAACUCUUUGAUGUCUAUGUACGGAAAAUGUGGCGUGAGUCAAGAAUCGCGUAAAUUGUUUGAUGAAAUGCCUCAAAGAAGCGUUUCUUCGUGGAAUGUGAUGUUGUCGGGAUAUGUUGAUGGUGAGACAUAUCGAGUUUGGGGUUUUUUUAAGGAGAUGUUGGAUGAAGGAUUUAGGCCUAAUGAGUUUACUUUGUCGAAUUUGCUUCCAUUGUGUGGAAGCGGGUUGGGGAAGUUUGAUUAUGGAAGGGAACUUCAUUGUUACAUUAUAAGAAAUGGAAUGGAUCUUGAUGUUAAUUCGGGUGUUCAUUUAGACUGUUGUUUGAUAGACAUGUAUUCAAGAUUCAGUAAAGUGAGUUUGGCGCGACUUAUAUUUAACCGUACGAGGUUUAAAAAUGUAUUUGUGUGGACAGCAAUGAUGAAUUGUUAUCUGCAAAAUGGCGACCCUGAAGAAACUGUGUGUCUAUUUCGUGAAAUGCUAAGAAAUGUGGUCGAGCCAAAUGAGGUUUCUGUUUUAACUCUUCUCUCCGCUUGCAAUAUAGUUGCAGGCUUAUUAGGAGUAGAGCAGAUUCAUGCGUUUUCUGUUAGAAUAGGUUUUGCAGAUCACACGUCUUUAUGCAAUUCUUUAAUAGAUAUGUACUCCAAGAAUGGUGUUUUGAGCUAUGCAAGACAAGUUUUUCAUCAGGGUUGUCUCUCAAAAGAUGUGAUCACUUGGAGUUCUAUGAUCUUGGGUUACGGAUUACAUGGUAAAGGUCAAGAAGCAGUUGAUUUGUAUGAUAAAAUGAUUGCAAAUGGAGUCAAACCAGAUACAAUAGUUGUCGUUGGAGUUCUUUCUGCGUGUAGCAGAUCAGGGUUGACCGAAAAAGGCCUUGAUAUCUAUAAAAAGGCGAUAAAUGUUUAUGGGAUUGAACCAAAUGCGGAAAUGUGUUCUUGUGUGGUUAACUUGUUUAGACAAUCGGGUAAACCCGAGAAAGCCUUGACUUUCAUCAAGGGUAUGCCUUCAAAACCUGGACCGGGUGUUUGGGGAGCUCUUGUGAGUUCUUUGGAUGGUCACACAGACACUGAGACGAAAGUUUUGGGUUACAGAUCACUUAUGGAGAUUGAACCUGAUAAUCCAUCUAACUAUGUUGGGCUUGCUAAUCUGUAUGCAACUUCUGGAAAAUGGACAUAUGCGGCUGAUGUAAGAAGGGCAAUGAGGGACAGAGGCUUAAAGAAGUCUCCUGGAUGCAGCUGGAUUAGUAUCAACAGCAAAACUCAUAGCUUUUGUGUUUCUGAUAGAGCACAUCCUGCAUCCAAUGAGAUAUACGAAACUUUGAAUGAACUGAUCCUCAUGGCGAAGAGCCCUGGUCCAGAUUCUUGCUUGAUUGGAAAAUUGUAGGUGUCAAGAUGGGUGGGUCAGGUAAUAGCUUAAAACAGGGAUAUGCUGACCAGGUUGCUUCAAGCACAUGGACAGUCAAGUUUUCUUGGAUACAUCAAAGAUCACAAUAUGGGCGGCUUGGGUAACUCAACAUGGAGCUGGGUUUACGGCUGGGUUGGUUAGGAACUUAGGUUAACCCACAACAUUUUGCGUCCGAAUUUCUGGUUUUUUUUAUAGCAUAAGUAAUGCAUUAGUAGACAUUGGCGGACUUCCGAUUCAUACCACCGUUAUACGUGUUACUUGUUCCACUCUUGGCUAAAGUUUUUUAUUUGAGUCAUUUUAGAGACAAUACAACCCAUAUUGACCUAUCCUUAUGGUACAGCAUUAGAAUUUAAAAGAAAUGUACUUUCUGAUGUAAUAUAUACCAAGGAACAAAACUGAAUCUAA